GUGAAGUAUCUGCGAGCGCUUUCUGAAUCAUACAAUAACGCCACAAGUGCAAAUGUUAAACUGCAAAUUCUUUCUAUAAUGGCGGAUAUCACCACGUUGCAAGAAAUACGCAAUUACAUUCCAGGCCUAACAAAAUAUAUGUUUUGUCAAGCAAGACGACAUAUUUUAGUUUCUGGGCGAGGAGCUCCUGUAAUUGCAAAACAAAGCCCGAGAUGGAGAAUCGAUCUUAACCAGUUGGAUCACUUCUUGGAUUUUAUUACCAGUCCCUACAUCGUGCAGGAUUUACCAUUCGGUGAACGGUUUCUGAAAUUGUCGACUGGGGAAGUAGUGCAGACACCGAAUGUUAUCAGAGUAUCGGUCAGUGGACACAUCAUUGACCAAUACGUACAGUAUUGCAACGAAACAAAGGUUAAACCUCUAAGCAACAGCACAUUACGACACAUUUUAUCCUCCUGUCAGGCAUCUACGCGAAAGUCCUUACAAGGUCUCGAUUACUUUGUUUGUGAGGGUAGCAAGGCCUUUGAUGACUUGGAACAACUCAUUGGGAACCUUGUUGACAGUGGGUUUGACGCACGUACAGCGCAAAACCUACAG